AUGAAUAAAGGAGACGAUACGGAGCGUAAUCCGCUAACGUUAAACGAUCACAAUAAUCAUCAGAUCUAAACCGUCAACGACAAUUCUUUGAGUAUUGUGGAUCACCAGGCAAUCAAAAGAAAGAAGUACAUAAAAAGAGGAAUAAUUGGUGGAAUAAUCCUAAUAAUAGUGAUUCUAGCUAUCGUUCUACCUAUUGUUUUAACAAGAAAAAGUGGUGACAGUCAUAAAGAUCCUGAUGACCCAGGUAUCCCUUAACCACCACAUGGAAUGGGAAAUCCAUACAAGGCUGAGAUUGUUGGAACUCCUUCAACUAACUCAGUUAGCGGAAAGCUUGAGGUCAGAUCAAAGACCGAGAAGAAAGAAAAAUCACUUUUUGAUUAAUUCCUGAAUGAGGAUCAUGCUCGGAAAAUGGGAGGAUAUAGCUCUGAAGCCCCUGAACAAGCUAGACCUCGUUUAACAUCUCCCAGUGGCGGAAACGGAGAAGGUUUGAAUGUCAACUGGGAAGACUUGAAGGUUGACAAAAACAACCAGUUCAUGUUCAAUUUAGACUUUGCCUUCGAAAUGGUCUCCGAUUACAUCAUGAGAUUUAGUUUAACUGAUGCUGACAAUAAGAGAUAUGAUGUCCCAUCAAAAUUCUUCAACAAACCCUCUGUUCAGCCAAAGAGACUAAGCAGAGUAGGCUUGAACUACAAUCUAAAUCCAUUCAGCUUCAGCUUGAGUGACUACUAGGAUCCUACUAAUGUCUAUGUUGAUACCAAGGGAAACACUUUGACUUUCAUGGAUAAGUAUAUCCAAAUGGAUUUCACUCUUCCUUCAUAAAGAAUUUUCGGUUUCGGUGAAAGAGUACAUCAAUUUCUUCUCAAAGAGGGCACUUACACAAUGUGGGCUUCAGCUUAAGCUGCCAUGCCUGACGACCGUUAGGGAAGAAAGGGACUCUAUGGUGUUCAUCCAUUUAUAUUGGUUUAGAGCGGGAAGAGAAAGGAUGACUACUUUGGUAUUUACUUUAGAAAUUCUAACAUGCAAUCUCCAGUCCUUAAAUUCAACGCAAAUGGAACAUCCACUCUCAGUUAUAUCACUAUUGGAGGCUAGAUUGAAGCGUACUUCAUGAUGCAAGGAACUCCCAAGGAGAUCAUUCAGCAGUAUCACAGUAUUAUUGGUAAACCCUAUCUCCCACCAUUCUGGGCUAUGGGUUGGUAAUAAGCUUCAUGGAAAUAUCUGACACAAGAUAAUGCAGCUGCUGCAGUACAGAAAUACACGGACAACAACUUGCCUCUCGAUACUCUCUACCUUGAUAUCCCUUACAUGGAUAGCUACAAAGACUUUUCUGUUGACACUGUAGCAUUCCCAAAGAUACUCGACUUGGCUUUAAAUCUUCACAACAAUAACCAAAAACUAGUCCUUAUUCUAGAUGCUGGAAUUUCAGCUGAUGAUCCAACUAAUUAAUACUAUAAAUAGGGCAACAAAGAUGGUGUCUUCAUUCAGUCAACAAUUAAUGAUGAUGACACAUAUGGAAAGAAUUUGGUAGCUAAAGUUUGGCCAAACCAUGCCGUCUUCAUCGACUGGUUCCAUGAUGACGCCAAAUACACUUGGAACAGGGGUCUAUAUGACCUUUGGGAUAAAACUCAAUUCGAUGGUCUAUGGCUUGACAUGGCUGAGCCAAACACUUUUUCUACUGGAGAACUAAGCAAAACAGAAAGAGCUUAGAUUGCCACUAAAACAGUAAAGGAAGUAACAAAGAUUAGAGUCCUUGAGGCAGAAUACAAGGAUUCGAAUGACGUAAAGUGGUACGACAUUCUCAAUGGAGAUAUCAAGGUUGCUGAUGACACUUAUCACCUACCAUUCGUUGUAAGAAAUUCAGAGGGAGACAUUGGAAACUAUGACAACUCAACUCUUUCAUUGAAUGCUACUCACCCAGGAUUAAACGGAGAAACUGAAUACAAUGUUCACAAUCUCUUCGGCCACAUGAUGGGAUAUAGAACAAGAGAAUUCCUUAUAAAUGAUAAAACUUACCCAAAAAUUAAUGAUAGACACUUUAUCAUGCACAGAGCAACUUUCCCAGGAAGCGGUCAAUAUGUUUCUAGUUGGUUAGGAGAUAACUACAAGACCUGGGAUUCAAUGAAAUCAUCUAUUCCAGGCAUCAUGAACAAUAACAUGUUCGGUAUCCCCCACACUGGCGCAGAAGUCUGUGGAUUUUAUGGAGAAAAGCUAGACCAAGAGUUGUGUCUCAGAUGGAUCUAACUCGCUACUUUCUACCCAUAUGCUAGAUCUCACCAAAACUAAUCAUAUCUUGGAGGACAUAGUGACGAUUCUGAACCAUUCAACCUUAAAGGCCAGUUCCUUGAGGAUGCUAGAAAGUCAAUAUUCGACAGAUACUCCUAUCUAAGAAUGAUGUACACUUGUCUUUUCCAAGUAUAUAAUGAUGGCGGCAGCUGCUUCGACCCACUCUUCUAUCAUUAUCCAUUAGAUGAGUAAACUUACACAGACAUUGAGAGCACAUUCAUAGUUGCUAAUGCAGUUAAAGUCUCCCCUAUUCUUGAGGCAGGCGUUACAGAUACUUUUAAAUCAUACUUCCCAAUGGGAAAAUGGCUUAACCUUGCAGAUUUCUCAGUCAUUGAUGCCUCAGCCAAAGGAGAUAUGUUUGACUUAAAAGUCGGCUCAACAGUAAAUGCUCAUCUCAAAGAAGGUACUCUUAUUCCUCGCCAGCCAACUGAUGACCUGAAGCUCUAGACCACUGCUGAUCUCCUCAAGAGGCCAAUUUCAAUUAUUGCUAACAGAGAUGUCAAUGGUUUCGCCCAAGGUAAUGUGUUCCUUGAUUAGGGUAUUUCCAGAACUGAAAUGGAUAAGGAACAAUUUGAGAACUAUCAGAUCACACUCUAACAAAAAUCCUUCCAUCUAGUAUUGACCAAAGGAGCUGUUGGAAACUAGCCACACAUCUUAGACAGAUUCUUGAUCGGUAACGCUUAGGAUUUGAAGGGCACCAAUUUCGGUUGCGUGUACAACUCCUAAAUGCAAAAGACCUCUAACUUGCUGUUCAACUUCGAUGACUCCAAGCAGUCUCUUGAAAUCAAGUUCGACUCCUAGACUCCAUUCAAGUUCAGUGAUAUCUCUCACGUCUACUUCGGCAACUCUAACAACAAAGAAGUCAACUACUGCGAUGACAAUAUUAUGACAUACUCCAUCAAGGAUGGCAAGCAACCAGAUCUCUCAGGAAACAAAACCACAAUUGUUCUUUAAUCCAAGCUAAGUUUCCUACCAGACCUCUAGGCCACAAUCUAAUUCAGAGAUGCAAGCAUCAUUAAUGUUAAAUGGAACUAUGUUCUAGAUGCUAAAGGAAACCCUCCAGCAGGCAAGAGAUUGCCAGUUGAAGUACCAGAUGAAUUUGUAAACACCACUGCUAAAGGCGGCUCAGAAUAAAAGCUCUAAGAUUUCAUCUAGAUAAUUCCAGACCCAUUCUAAAUCAAGUUCAUGUCUAGAAACAAGCUAGUCAAUGAUCCAUACUUCGUCAUCAAGGGUAUGUACUUGGAUUCCUAUACAAACUGGAUUAAGACAGAAGUCAAGGUGCCAUCUGGAGACGACUUUAUGGGCAUCUUCGGUCUUGGAGAGAGAGCCAACAAGAACUUCUUCUACGAAUCAGGUGUCUAUACCAUUUGGGGCAAGGAUCAAGGCACUCCAGAUGAAGAUGGCAAGCCCCCUGCCAAGUCUAUGUACGGAACUCAUCCCUUCUAUAUGUUGAGACACGACAAGUAAAGCUUUGCAGGAGUCUUCACCAAGCUAGCACAUGCAUCAGACUGGUUCAUUACAAACAACAAGCCAGCUGGUCUUAUUGAAAUCCUUAGCAUUGCAACUGGUGGUCUUGGUGAUAUUUCAGUAAUGACUGAUCAACAAAAACCAGAAGAUAUCAUUGAUAGAUAUUACUCAAUGAUUGGUGAUCCAGUUCUCAUUCCUCAAUGGGCCCUUGGAUGGAAUCAAUGCAAAUGGGGAUAUACUGGUGUCUAAGACCUCUAAGACUCAGUUGAUAAAUAUAAGUCAAAUAAUCUCCCUCUCGAUGUCUAAUGGAGUGAUAUUGACUACAUGGAUGAUUACAAGGAUUUCACAUAUGAUACCACCAGAUUUGCUGGACUACCAAAGUUCGUUGAUGACCUUCACAGUAAAAACAUGAGAUUUGUUCCAAUUCUUGACGCUGGAGUUGCUAUGAGACCAGAACAAAACUAUGAAGCAUAUCAAAGUGGAGUAGACAAAGAUGUUUUUCUUAAAAUCGUUACUGCUGCUAAUGGAACUCAAAACUUCAUUGGAAGCGUAUGGCCUAAUGAAGCCUUAUUCCCAGAUUUCUAUGCUCCAAACACUGUCUAAUGGUGGCACGAUCAACUCACUGCCAUGUAUGGCUUGGUUAAGUUUGAUGGACUUUGGGAGGACAUGAACGAAGUAUCAAACUUCUGCCUUGGACUUUGCAAGCAAAAUCAAAAGCCAUUCAAUCAAUUGAAAUACCAACUACCAUAUGUCCCAGCAGGUGGUGAUCUUGAGGAUCACACUGCAGCACUAGACGCAUAACACGCUAAUGGUUAUUUCUAACUUGAUACUCAUUCUUACUGGGGAACCUAGGAAGUCAAAGCCACUCACGAGUGGUUCUAAAACGUCCAAAAGCAAAGAACUUUCAUCAUUGAGAGAAGUUCUUUCGCUGGUAUGGGCAAAUACGGUUCUAGAUGGCUAGGAGACAAUGCUGCUAAUGAAGUCUAAAUGGGCUAUUCAGUUACAGGAAUUAUGCUAAUGAACAUGUUUGGUAUUCAACUUGCAGGUUCAGAUAUUUGCGGUUUUAACGACGACACCACAGCAGAUCUCUGCGCAAGAUGGCACGUUGUUGGAUCCUUCUACCCCUUCUCAAGAAAUCACAACUCAAUUGGAAAAAAGCCACAAGAGCCAUGGUAAUUCCCAGACGUUUACAAGAACGGCGUCACCUAUCUACAAAUCAUGAGACAAUCAAUCUUCAACAAGUACUCAAUGAUUAGAUACUACUAUACUAACUUAUUCCUUGCUUCAUAAGGCUCAACUCAAUUCUUCAGAAAGGCUUUCUACAAGCCUGUAUUCUUUGCCUUCCCAGAAGACAUGAACACUUAUACUGACUUAACCCACAAUGUCAUGCUUGGAGAUGCUUUGAAAUUGAGUGUUAAUGCUGAUUCAGUGGCAACUGAACUUACAAGCUACUACUUCCCAGCUGGAACAUGGUGCGAUAUUUUCCACCCAGCAGAUAAGUGUAUACUUUCAAAGGGAGAACCUAAACAGCUACCCUCAUUGCUAUAUGAUUUCAGUGUCCAUCUAAGAGAAGGUUACGUUGUUCCAAUGCAAGAUGCAGUGGCCCUUGCCAUUUCAAACAGUGCUGAUCUAUAACAGCACCCAGUUGAUUUCCACGUUCUUGGAUCUCUACAAACUCAAGGAAAGAAGAAUUGGAAUGCUUAGGGAGAUUACGUGAAUGAUGAUGGUGUUACUCUUGAUAUAAAUCUAGCUUGGAACAGAUACUUCAUUUCAUUUACCGGUCUAUACUCUGACACUGAAGUCAUUCAAAUGAAAAUUAAUAUGCCAGUUGCCAGCAAAUUCUUUGACAAGGAUGAUCCUCAAUGCAAUGUGAUUAACAAAAACGACCAUCUUGGUCAAGUAUUUAUCUACAAUGCGGCAUCUUUCAAGACUGCAGACACUUAUGAUGUUAAUGGAGUCGUGAGUGAUAAAAUCAAGACACUUCUUGGACAAGCAGUGUAUGAUGCCACCACUGAUAGACUCGUUUUCACACCUCUUAAAGAUACUACCAUCUGCUUGUCAAAGUACCAAAUUAUCUUAUUCGAACCUGAGGCUAAACCUUGA